AUGGCCUCUGGGAAGGACAAACUCUGGAUAUCAAAUGAUAAUGUAUUGCAUAAACUCCUUGUGACGCUGCUCUUCGAUGUGCCUGUGCUUCCUGCAGGCUGUGGACUGGAGUUCCUGCUGGUCCUCUGCGGGCUGGAGCUGUCCUGGUCCUGCCCCCGUCACUGUAUCUGCUACACCGCUCCCACCACCGUCUCCUGCCAAGCCCACAACUUCCUGUCCGUCCCCGAAGGCAUUCCCCCUGACAGCGAACGCAUCUUCUUACAGAACAAUAAGAUCCAUCGCUUGCUCCGAGGCCACUUCAGCACCAACACCGUCACUCUCUGGAUCUACUCCAACAACAUCACCUACAUCGAGCCCUCCACCUUCCAGGGCUUCUCGCUGCUGGAAGAGCUCGAUCUGGGGGACAACCGCCACCUGCGCUCCUUGGCUGAAGACACUUUUCACGGGCUGAGUCGGCUCAACGCGCUUCACCUGUACCGCUGCGGACUCAGCUCACUUCCCAACAACAUCUUCCAAGGCCUCCGAAAUCUGCAGUACCUCUAUUUGCAGGAUAACCAUCUGAAGUUCCUGCAGGAUGACACAUUUAUGGAUCUCCACAACCUGAGCCACCUGUUCCUUCAUGGAAACCGCCUGUGGAGCCUAAACCAGAACACCUUCCGGGGUCUUCGGGCCUUGGACCGUUUGCUUCUGCACCAGAACCAGAUCGAGUGGGUUGACCAGUUGGCCUUCCACGACCUGAAACGUCUCACCACGCUCUACCUGUUCAACAACUCCCUGAUAGAGCUGUCCGGACAGUGUCUGGACACGCUGCCGGCCCUGGAGUACCUCCGACUCAACGACAACCCCUGGUCAUGUGACUGUAAGGCUCUGUCGCUGUGGGAGUGGCUGAAACGCUUCCGAGGUUCCACAUCCUCGGUGGGCUGCCAGGCGCCGGCUGAUCUGGCGGGGAAAGACCUCAAGGAGCUACGCAAAGAGGAUUUCCCGAACUGUUCGCCAACUCCAAACUCUGAGUCCAGAGCCCAGACUAAUAAUUUAUCCGGGACCGUGAACCCGUCGAUGAACCGCGGCGUGGCGGUGGGCUCCGGCGGACAGACCCACAUAGUGCACCCCUCGAGGCCCGGCCGCUCUCGGAACUGCACGAAGCCUCGCAACAGGAUGAGCAAGGGAAAGGGUGACAAUGAGGUUCACCACUCGAAGGAGGUCAUGGCCGACAAGGAGGAUUCCUCCCCAGAUUUCACAGACGGGGGGAAACACGACCACACGUCUCCAGACGGCACGGUCACACGGAGAAAGCACAAGUGCCCCCGGACCACUGUUCGCCCCCCGAGCGGGGUUCAGCAAGCCAACAACAGGGCAACCUUAUCCCAUUCCCUACCGUACGUCCACGCCCUCUUUGUGGCCUUGAUAGCGGGAAACACUGACUACAUUCUCCGCUGACCUUCAGUGGGUUUAACAAAUGCUAAUCUCACAC